AGAAGAACAAAUGGUAGAGUUUGAAUUGGAAAAUUGAUGUUAAUGUUUCCUUCGUGGGAGUUUCUCUAAACUCUCUCUACCAAAUAAUCAAUACAACAACAAAACACUCUGAAUGAGGACUUCAACAAAAACAAACACCAAUGACUCCUACUACUACUAACAAAUCUUGUUCUUCUUCUUCAAGCCAAGGUAGUAAAGGACAAUCGAUUCAACAACGUAGGCUUACUAGACAGAAAAGGUUAUGUUACCCUAACGACCAAGACGUUGGUGAAUCUUUUCAUUCAACUGACGUUGCUGUUUCUUUUUCUUUACCUACUUCUCCUUAUCGGACUAGCUCUGAUCAUUGGUCUACGUCCGCUGUUCCUCAACCGCUUCCACUUCCUGAGUCACCGUUGACCACCCGACGACCCGAUCAUCAUGCUGCCGCCUUACCUUUUUCCAGAAAGUCGGCGGAUCAUGAUACUGUGAGAAGUUUAAGGUCUUCCAGCAAUUUGGGCAGACAUUUUUUUAACACAGUGACUGGAAAUGCAAAGAGUGAUUUGAGAGUGAAUAUUCCGCCUACCAGAGGCUUGGUGUCAAGCAAUAGUUCUUGUAAAGAUACUAGAAAACACUCUCAUGAUAAUGACUGUGAAGGUAUUUCCAACUCAAAAUUGCAAUUUGCUGCCAAGAGUGCCCCAAACAGCAUAUUCUCCAGUCCUGUUACCAGUCCGCGCCGAUUAAGCAGUGUUGAUUUACUUGAUCCUUCUAUCAUUCUUCCUCAAGAUUUUAAUGACAUGUUCAGAGUGUUGCCUGCUAAAACUGCUCAUAGUCCAGACUUGUCUCCUCGUCGUAGCUUUGGGAACCACAGUCCUGCUAACCACCACCGCCACACUAUUCAAGGGGGUUCUCAGCAGCACUCUAAAUUUUGCACCAGAGUGUGGCCUGAAAAUAACCAUUUAGAUGCACAUCCAUUACCCCUUCCACCUAGAGCUUCACCACAGCCACAACAAUCACCUGCACAUCAGUCAAGUGUCACGAUGAAUCACUCAACAGAAAACAUCCAUUCGAUGAAGGGUCAUUGGCAGAAAGGAAAACUUAUUGGACGGGGAUCGUUUGGAAGUGUUUAUCAUGCAACAAACCUAGAGACCGGAGCCUCAUGUGCACUAAAAGAGGUGGAUCUGGUUCCUGAUGAUCCUAAAUCUACUGACUGCAUAAAGCAACUCGAUCAGGAAAUCAGAAUUCUUGGCCAACUACACCACCCCAACAUCGUGGAAUAUUAUGGCAGUGAAGUAGUUGGUGAUCGAUUGUGCAUAUAUAUGGAAUAUGUCCAUCCUGGAUCACUUCAGAAGUUUAUGCAAGACCAUUGUGGGGUUAUGACAGAAUCUGUGGUUCGCAAUUUUACGAGGCAUAUUCUCUCUGGACUGGCGUACUUACACAGUACCAAGACUAUCCACAGGGACAUUAAAGGUGCAAACUUGCUGGUUGAUGCAUCAGGCAUUGUCAAGCUUGCAGAUUUUGGGGUGUCGAAAAUUCUGACAGAGAAAUCAUAUGAACUUUCGCUGAAAGGAAGUCCCUACUGGAUGGCUCCAGAGCUCAUGAUGGCUGCCAUGAAGAAUGAAACCAAUCCCACUGUUGCCAUGGCUGUUGAUAUAUGGAGCUUAGGAUGCACCAUCAUUGAAAUGCUGACUGGAAAACCCCCUUGGAGCGAGUUUCCAGGGCAUCAAGCCAUGUUCAAGGUACUGCACAGAUCCCCGGACAUACCCAAAACAUUAUCUCCAGAAGGACAAGAUUUCCUUGAGCAGUGUUUUCAAAGGAAUCCUGCAGAUCGACCAUCCGCAGCGGUGCUUCUAACACAUCCAUUUGUACAAAAUUUGCAUGAACAAGAUGUUAUAGUUCAUUCACACGGCUGUCAUAAGGAAGACACCGUAGUUUAUUCACAAGGCUGCCCUAAGGAAGACACCGGCCCCAGAGAUGAAUCGCGUAAACACAGUCCAGGGCACGGUUCAAAACAUAGCCGUGGUGUGGUGCCAUCCUCCUUUCGUGCACGAAUUUUUUGCAAAUUUCAAAACUUAAUCGGUGACACUUCCAAAAAAGCUGAUACCGAGGAAUCCAAACACAUUAGAUCUUCUCCUGUAUCUCCUUGCUCGCUGACCGAUGAUAACAGUCCUCAAUCUCCCUUUAAAUCUAGUAACCGCAAUUGUAUGACCGUUACCAAAUCCUCCAACAUACCCUUCGCCAUUAUGAGAAUCGUGAAGCACCUAUGAAGCAUGACAUCAGCUGAGAUUUCACUUACAGUGAGACAGGGACCAGUCCAUAAACCUCAGUAGUAUCAUAGUCUUGCUGGUUAUAUUGGUACUUCCCAUUGCAGGAUUGUAGAAGCUAGAAAUUCACAAAAAUAAAUAGAAGAGGCGACUCGCAUUCAUUUGAAGUUAUUGUUAUGUAUGUACAUGAGAAGGCUAGGUUAGAGACCUAUUAGUUGAACCUACUCCACGAAAGAAAAUCACAUGUAAAAUUUAAUUUAGGGUUAAUAUGUUUUUACCCCUUAUAAUUUGGGUGAGUUCCGAUUUACCCCUGUAAAAAAAAAUUAGAUUCCAACCCUGUAAUUUAAGAUUCUUCGUUUUAGACCAUGAGGCCACAAAAAGCUGACGUGGCAUGUUGAGUGGCACGCUGUCUGUGCAUAUAUGAUUAUGUGGCACGUUGACUGUAUAA